AUGUCUGACGACUGGGAUCAGGUCACCAAGAUUGGCAGCAGGGUUCGCGGUCCUGGCGUCUCUCAGCGCGAGACUGUCGUUCGUGGCAAGAGCGCCCUCAACGCUGCUCAGCGUAGCGGCGGCGUCAUUGGAACCGAGAAGAAGUACGCAACCGCCAACGCUACUAGCAGCGGUGAUGGCCAGCGCCUAACAAAGGUCGACCGCUCCGACGACAUCAUCAAGCCCAACACGGUCGGCAAGGCGGUCGGCGACGCCAUUUCCCAGUCACGACAGAAGAUGGAGCCGAAGAUGACGCAAAAGGACCUCGCCACCAAAUGCAACACCACCCAGGCCAUCGUUGCCGAGUUUGAGCGUGGCAGCGCGGCGCCCGACCAAAAGGUCCUCGCGGCCAUGGAGCGUGUCCUCAACGUCAAGCUCCGUGGUAGCGGCAUCGGUACCCCCAGGUUCGCCAAGAAGAAAUGA